AUGAAUACCGAAUUAGAAAUUACUAAUAGAGAGCUCAGCGACUUACAAAAUCUUUAUUCUUCUGAUACAGAAAAGUACAAAAAGCGAAUAAAUGAGUUGUUGAAACAGUUAGAUGAUGCUCGAAAAUAUGAAAGUACCACCAAAAUCGAUGAACAAUUAAAUAUGCUAUCAGAAUUUAACGAAUUAAAAUCAAGAUAUGAGCAAAUAAUUAUUGAGCACGAAGCAUCAAUUUCAAAGCUUAAUGAAGAGCAUGCGGACGUUAUUGCUGUCAAAGAUAAUCUCAUUCGUUGUCUUCAACGUGAAAAAGAAGAUCUUUCAAAUCAAUUCACUGACUUUAAAAAAGAGGCACAAAACACUUUGGACACUGUUCAACAGCAUCUCCUAAAUACUCGUGAAGAAAUUGUAUCUAUAGUUAAUGAGAACAAUAAUUUAAAUGUUUCCAAUGUCAAACGCUCUCAACAAAUCGAUUCAAUAAUAAUUUCCGUUUCACAUCUACCUCAAAUAUCUGAUUGGAUUAAGGGUAACCCUGACGAUGAUGGUUAUGCUCCUGGAACUUUUCAUAGAUGGUGUGAUGAUUACGGUGCACCUACAUUAAUUGUAAUUAAACUUACUGAUUCUUGUCAGAUUAUUGGUGGUUACAAUUGUUUUUCUUGGAAAUCUCCUUUGAUAUUUGCAACCACUCAACAUGAUGAGCAUGCUUUUAUCUUUUCCUUAUGUGAUAAAGAUGGUAACAGAGAAAAAGCUAAAAUCGCUAGACCUAAACGAAUUAAAAAGAAUCACUAUAAUAGUAAAAAGGGCAGUUUUGAUUUACAAUUGCAAAAUCGUCUUUGUUAUUGUAAACAACGUGAUUAUGAUGACAGCAUUACAGAUCACUCUGGACUUUUCGAAUUUGAUGAUUUUGAAAUUUUCC